AUGGGUAGGAUCCGUCUUUUGGGAGUACAAAAGCAGUCACGACAUUUGGGACACUUAGUUUAUCUUCAACUUGCAUUUUGCCAAGUCUGUAAUGGACCACCAUUUUGUGUUGUAGCGCGCAUGGAUACUAGGAAGCUUUUGCCUAAAUGGAAGAGAUGUAAACUUGAAGCUCAACGUAGCUUUCAACGGUUGAUGAGUGAUUCGUCCUUGAGUGGAAGGGCCUUAACCUAUUGCGAAAUGGAAAAAUUGGUAUACCCCAUAUACGGCCACAUCGUCAAAUUGCCGGAAACUCCUAAAGCCUUUGGGUACCGCGGAGAGCGUGAAAACGGUCUUGCAGCAGAUGGUCGAAAGGCUAUCGGAUGUUACUGGAAGACGGAUAGAUCGGAAGGUCCGAAUGGAUGGUUAAGAGCCAACUCCGAACAGGAUCUCGAAAGAGAGAAUGGACAAUCGGCAGCCAAGCGUUCUGGGCUCACUGUUUCUUUGAAGCAACCCGUACGUGCAGUUCAUCGACUAAAUGGCGAUGGGUGUUCUACAUCAACUCGUUUUAAAUUUCAACCUUCGACACUUGGAGGUUCGUUAGCAGCUCCCACUGACUAUUUACCAGCAGGGAUUCUAGAACGGAGAAGUACCUGGAUGUCGGUAAGCCCUCAUAGACUGGUUCGCUUGAAUGAAGGUGAAUCAAAUAACUAUGGACAAAGAGUCAUCGGAAUACCACUUCAGACUGGAAUGAAUAGGCGAAAUGGUAAGGAAUGCCCGGCCGUAAAUGAUAACAUCUAUGAAUCAUUUAUCCCUUGGGGCUGGUCUACUGCCACCACUAUAUAUCUUUGUGAUGCUAACUCGGAACCAGGUAAAAUCCUAGGUAGAGCCCAAUCUACCGAGAUUGAAGUUACCAUAAGGUCAUACGAUUUAGAAUCGCGAGAUGAAUUGCUUGAAAGUGGGAGGAGAAAAACGGAACGUUCCGUAAUCGUAAUGGAAGUCGCACUGCGAGCCAUUACGAGAGCCAGGUUAAAGGAUAAACCUCCUGGUCCGAAAAGUGAAAAUGAGAUUAUGGGAGAGGCUAAUCGUCAUAUG